AUGAACGAUGCUGUUGAAAUGCUUUAUAUAAGUUCGUAUCGUUUGGCUUUGAGUUCUGAACAAACAUUAAAAAGUAUAGGAGAAAAUUCUGAGGAAAUGAAGAAAAAAGUGGAGAAUUUAAAAGUUAAAAUAGAUGAGAAUAUUGCUAGUAUAUCGAGUAAAUAUGGAGUAAGUGCGGAGAAAGAAGUGAAAAAAUUAGAAGAGAGAAAACUACUGAAACUGGGAGAUAUAAGAUUGGAAAACGUAGAAGAUAUAAAUAGCAUUGACUAUUCAAGUAUUAGUAAAUAUUUGACGAGAAUUGAAGAAUUGAAGAAAGAUUUGAAGCGAAUUUUGAAAGAAGAAAAAAGCUUUAACGGAGACGAAAUCGAUUAUGAGCAAAUAAAUGGUUUGGAAGAGGAUUUAGAGAAACUAAGAGCAGAUGAAUAUGAAUUAAAGAAAAUUUAUAAUCUAGAAAAUUUGGAGAUUGAUUUGUUAGAUUCUAUAUUUCAUAAAGACACAGUUACUAGUUAUUUUAAAAAAUUUGAGAAAGAGGAGAAAAAGAUUGAUGGUAAAAAAUCACACAGCUUUGGAAAAGAGCGUGAGACUCAAAUGGCUAUUAAAGAAGAGGAAAGUUCUAGUAUAAAAGCAAACUUAAGAAAAAGUAAAAGUUCAAAACCAAGUUUUUCUUCGCAAUCAAGUUUAAAUUCACAGUCAAGUAACAGUUUACAACCAAGUCUCAAUUCACAAUCAAGUUUUAAUUCGCAAACAAGUAGCGAUUCGGGAGAAAGUUCUUCCCAGAAAAGUUUGAAUUCUUUUUCAAGGAUUAGUCGUAUUAAUCAUGGUAUUAAAAUGUUUAAAAAGAAACUUAGUAAAUCAGCAGUAAUGGAGGAUAUUGCUAACAAGCUGGAGGUCAGUCAGUCUUAGCCUUGUACUCCAGCGGUUAGUCGUAUUCCUAUUGUUCACCUUUAUUGUAUAGUAUUGUGGAUAAACCUUGUUAGUCAGUUAGCUAGUCUUUCUUUCAGUAUCAGACACACCGCAAGUCGAUACAUAACAAUUAUCAGAUAUGAGAAAUAGGCCAGAGUGCUAACUUAGCUAAGCCUGUUCUAUGAAUUUUAUGAAACAAGUAAAAAGAGGCAACUAUAUCUAGGUAUUUUACCAAGGAGCUGCCAAAAUCCGCCCCUAUUUUUAUAUCUCCUUAUUUAAUCUAAAAUAUAAUUAUAGAAGAGUCAAAUCCAAGAGAAGAUCCUAACGAGAAAGAAAUUAACACGAUAGUCAAAACAAUAGAAGAUAACAAAGAAAAGGUGAUGAAAGUGUUUGACGGAAUUGAAAAUGCGGCUGAAUCGUUUAGUGCCAAAGAAUCAGAAAAAAAUGAAAUUAGAAAUGAGGAGAAUAAACUAAACCUUGAAAAUUACAAAGAAGUUGGGGUGACUGAUGAUAUGCUUACUUUAUUAAAUCAACUGUUGAAAGAGAAAUCAGAUGAA